UUUUCGCUUUCUUUAUUAUUGUAGCUAGCUGGCAUUACACAGUUUUGAUGGUUGUAUUUAUAGGUGUAUGAGGUGUCUGAAAGCUGGUUAGCUGCUAGUUCAGCGUCCUAAAAGACAACCUCCUUUCUGUCACUAAGCUCGCUUGGGUGGUGUCGUUUAUUUGUUGUUUUUGUCUUUUGUUGGUUUUCCUUCCUUUUUUACAGUAGCUAGCUUGGGGUGUCGUCAUAUUAAUAUUAACACAUGAGUGUGUCACUGGUUGUAAUCCGUUUGGAGCUUGCGGACGAGUCUCUGUUUCCAAAAGGUUUCCAGUACACCGCCGCAGACAUGUCUGAGGAGGAGUUCAAAGAGAGGGCCCUGGGGUCCGCCAAGGUCGCCCUGAGUGGAAAGUCGGACCUGGACCGGACGGCCGUCCUACACCAGCACAUCGGGAGCAGGGCUAUGACGGAUAUGGUGAUCGAGACCUUCAACCACAGCACAGAUAAGAGCGGGGGUCCGGAGUCCGGGGACGCGGGCGAAGGGGAGGAGGCCAGCCCCCAGUCCCGGGGCAGCCCCAGCCCCUCGGAGGAACGGCCCGGCAGCGGGGGGCCCAAAGACGCCACGGAGGGGGUCACUUUGCCCGACUCGCCCUCCAAGCAGCUGCCCGACCAGAUCUCCUUCUUCAGCGGGAACCCCUCGGUGGAGAUCGUCCACGGCAUCAUGCACCUGUACAAGACCAACAAGAUGACAUCGCUGACGGAGGACGGUCGGCGCAGCGCCAUGCUUUGCAUCCUGACGGUGCCCGCCGCCAUGACCAGUCACGACCUCAUGAGGUUUGUGGCGCCCUACAACGACGUCAUGGAGCACAUGAAGAUCAUCCGGGACUCCACGCCCAACCAGUACAUGGUGCUGGUCAAGUUCAGCGCUCAGGCCGACGCUGAUGGCUUCUACACCGCCUGCAACGGCCGGCAGUUCAACUCCAUCGAGGACGCGGUCUGUCAGCUGGUCUACGUGGAGAGGGCCGAGGUUAUCAAGUCUGAGGAGGGAGCCAGCCUGCCGGUGAUGGACCUGACGGAGCUGCCCAAGUGCACCGUGUGUCUGGAGCGGAUGGACGAGUCGGUCAACGGCGUGCUGACCACGCUGUGCAACCACAGCUUCCACAGUCAGUGCCUGCAGCGCUGGGAGGACGCCUCGUGUCCUGUGUGCAGGUACUGCCAGACCCCCGAACCCGUGGAGGAGAACAAAUGCUUCGAGUGUGGCGUGCAGGAGAACUUGUGGAUCUGUUUGAUCUGCGGCCACAUUGGCUGUGGGCGCUACGUUAGCCGCCACGCCUACAAGCAUUUCGAGGAGACGCAGCACACCUACGCCAUGCAGCUGACCAACCACCGCGUGUGGGACUACGCCGGGGAUAACUACGUGCACCGGCUGGUGGCCAGCAAGACGGAUGGUAAGAUGGUGCAGUACGAGUGUGAGGGAGACUCCUGUCAGGAGGAGAAGAUCGACGCCCUGCAGCUGGAGUACUCUUAUUUGCUGACUAGCCAGCUGGACUCCCAGAGAAUUUACUGGGAAAACAAAAUCUUACAUUUGGAAAAAGACACGGCAGAGGAGAUCAACAACAUGAAGGCCAAGUUCAAGGAGACGAUCGAUAAAUGUGAUAAUCUGGAGCGGCGGCUCGGGGACCUGGUCAAGGAGAAGCAGUCCAUGGAUAAGAAGUGCACUCAGCUGAGCUCGCGGGUGAGCAAGCUGUCGCAGGAGCUGCAGGAGGAGCAGGAGCUGAACCGCUGCCUGCGGGCCAACCAGGCGCAGCUGCAGGCGCAGCUGCGGGAGGAGGAGCGGCGGGCGCAGGAGGGCGGCGAGCACAAGGACGGCCGCAUCGCCGAGCUGCAGGAGCAGCUGCGCGACGUCAUGUUCUACCUGGAGACGCAGCAGCAGAUCAGCCAGAUGCCCGCCGCCGCCCGCCAGGAGCUCCAGGAGGGCCAGAUCAACAUCGCCUCUGGGCCCUCCCCCCCCGCGCCCGCCAGGCUGGGCGGCAGGAAGGGCCGGGGCAAGAGGGGCAAGUAGGCACAGAAUAAUUUAAUAAAACAGACGGGUGGGAAGACAAGAAGGAGGAGGGAAGGAAGACUGGUUUUAAGGGAAUGCAAGAGCACCCCGCCCCUCUUUUGGCCCCCGCCCUGCUACACGCCAAAAAAGGAACUCUAACAAGAAAGGGGGUUUUUCUGAAUAUUAUUGGACUGGUUUGGACUUUCCUUUGAGAAGAAGGGUGAAAGAAAGGCUUGAUGUCCCAGUGGGAGGACCCGGAGGUGGAUGAGUGUGGGGAAAGGUGAUGGUGUAGAGGGCUGUAGCAUCCCUAUCAUGUUCACAGUGGUUGGAUCACCAAGAGACUGACAUUAUAGAUUUCCCACCCCGGGCACAGUGUUUAUAUAUGAUUCUCUCUCCAUCCUCCCUGUAGCCUUAUAGUAAGCCUACCUCUGCUGUUGGCAAAUGUGAAUCAACAGGAGCGGCCACAAGGUCUCUCUUUGGCCUGGGAUAAAAGCACCCCCACCAACCCUGACCCGGGUUUGUCUGACCCACAUUUAGCCUAGACCAUCAGCCACUCCUCUUGGAUGUUUUCUCAUUCUGUCCCUUCUUCUCUUUUUUCUUUCUCCAUUUCUCUCUCUCGCUUUGUUUCCCUCUCCUUUCUCCAUCUCUCUGUCUCUCACUCUCUUUUCGUCCAUAUCCGUCUUUCUCAAUCUCUUAUCUGUCUUCAGUGUCCUUCUCUGUGGCCCGAGCGGUCUCGUAUUUAUUCAGCAUGUACGUGUGUGUGACAGGGAGGGGGGGGGUGUGGGGUUGACAAAACAACAAAACGGAGCUGAGCAACGUCAGGCAUGUGUUUAUUCUGCAUUCUUCCACAGUAAUUCGGAAACACUGUUUUUUUCAGACCCUAAAUGUCUCUAACAGUGAAAGAGGGCCUUGGGCAUAUGACCCACACACACAGAGAGCUUUUUGUACUCUGAUGACUGAUUUCAGGCGAGAAUGUUUGGCAAAGAAGUGAAAUACUAGUGGCCUCCAGAGACAUUUAGGCAUUCAAAUCUGUGUUUUCCUGAUUGAUCUGGAACCAUCAACUCCCAUCCCCAAGUAGUUUAUCCACUUUGUCUUUGAACAUGUGUGUGUGUGUGUGUGUGUGUGUAGGAGGCAGGCGGUAACACUGAAAACAUGCUGUACAACUUGCAGUCAAAGCCAAAGUCUCAAACAGGACAGAGCUGAGAUUAGCGAAGGCUCUGAUGAGAAGCCUGAUGUUUUGGGUAAAUAUCUGAGAGCAUGCAGCCUAUGCUAGUUAUGCUAGUUCCUUCUAGUUGCUCCUUUCAUUCUGUUUUGGUUGAGCUGUUGACUGUUCACUUUCUGUAAGAAAAACUAUAAGAGUGAGAAAUUCAUGAUCUGAGGUGCCUUUUUGCUAAUGGAAAUAUACCAGUAAAGAGUUUUUUUUUUUGUUUAAUAUGUCAAUAUGUUUGUUAAUAUGUCACUUUAUCUGGUUUGGGGCAUUUAAGUAAGUGAUAGUGAAUCUGAUUUCCAGUUAAUAGUUCUAGGUCCUGAUCUAUUUAGUUGAACUGCGAUUUAGUCUGAAGGUGAAUAGAAAUUUGUUGUAAAAAAUUGUUGAAAGGACACAAAAAACAAGUUGAAUGCAUAACUUUGUGCAUCUUUGUUGUUUUAUUGUCAGCACAAAUGUCCAGCUGAUCUGCCCUGUUUUUUUCCCCGCCUCAUAAUGGACUGACAUCUUUGGGAGAUGUCUGGGAAAUGAUGUCAAACAAAUGAUGUGGACUACAACUCCCAUUUGUACAUCAGUAAGAUAAUUAGCAUAAUGUUGUGCUUGAAUGCUGUAGUACUUUGUGAUUUAGCUGUAAAGUCAUUUUGGAAGAAUCAGCACAGGUAAUCCUAGUUGUUUGGCUGUAUGACUUAUGUGUUACCUCAAAAAAACACCCCAAAUGCCAUAUAUUUGUGUUGUUUACUUUUGUUAAAUUGUUUGGAGAUGUAUACUCAGAGGUCUUUAAAUUGUGAUCAUACAGUCUUUCCUGAUGUUUUUGUCCAGUGACCUCACUCAAUCUACGAAGCACUCAACUUGACCAUAUAACAUUAAUAACACUUAAAUAUAUUUUACUGUUGAUAUGUGCCAGGAAAUUUUGAAAUAUUUUGUCAACAAAAUAUCUUUGUAGCCUGGAUACAAUUAACAAGUAUUCAGUUUACCAAAUAAUUUCACUUUCUAAGCUAAUGUAUUGGGUGAUAAUUACGCCUCAUUUGUUUGACCUCGCUUUGGCCUUUUCUGUUGGAACAUUUGUCUCUCACAGGUCUCAGCUAAAUGUGUGGCAAGAUAACGGACAGCCCUUUACAGUCUCUGUGCAAGCACAGCAUAUUUUUUUUUUUUGUUCAGAAAAAAGAACCACAAAUGUGCUUUCCAGGUCUAUAAACGCCAUUGCCCCGAAGGCUUCAAUAAAUCCGGAGUUCAGUUUCAAUAAAUGUAGAAAAACAA